UUUAAAUUAUAGACAGUGAAUUCUGUCUGCCAACGUGAAGCCUCAGCUGGUGACGUCACGUGAAAAGCCUCAAUAUGUUUUUCACGCUGCUUAGUUCUGCGGGAACGCGCAGACUCUGAACGCCACACAUCUAUAGAGAAAGUGAAACUAAACUCUCUAUGAAGAAGUCUGUGUGUUUUCAAAGCAUACGUGUAUUUUAAUUUCCUGUGUUUGCAUUUAUCUUCGUGUAAUCUGGGAGCCGGCUUCUUUAGGUGAGUGAAAAAGCAAAGGCAUGCAGAGAGCAGUGGACUUUCUGUUUCUGUUAAGCUGCGCUUGGUCUAGGGGUGAAGACUCCCUUACCGUCAAGGUCUCGGGUUCUCCUCUCAUUGUCCGGGAGGGAGAGGAUGCUGUUCUGCCUUGCCUCCUCCUCCCCACUCACACCAACGCAGAGUCGCUGGAGGUCAGGUGGUUCAGAGUAGAGGAUAGUCAUGUCCAUACCUACAUAGCCCACAGAGAUGUGAUGGACGGACAGAGUGAGCCUUAUAAGGGGCGCACCAGCCUGUUCCAUGAGGAGCUGAGGAAGGGGAAUGUGUCUCUACAGCUGAGAGCCGUCCGGAUCUCCGAUGAAGGAUUGUAUCGCUGCUGUGUGAUUUCAGGGCAGCAGUAUUGUGGAGAAUUUGAGCUGAAGCUUGUCGCCCCCACCCCCCCAGCCCAGGGCAGCACCCCCUCUGUCUCCCUGCUUGAAGCCCCGGCCGGGGGGGGUCUCAGUCUGCUGUGUGUGUCGGAGGGCUGGUACCCCCCUCCAGAGCUGCUGUGGACUGAUGAGACGGGCGCAGACUGGAGAGCACACUUCACUACCAAUGAGGAGCAGGACAGCACAGGAUUGGUCACUGUGCGCAGCCAGAUACACCUCCCCCGGCAACAGGAACACGCCCCCCGGCAACAGAACACCAUGAUCUGUGUGGUGAGAUCCAGGGAUGGGGUCACAGAGUUGAAGACCGUGAUGAACAUCGUUGACGGCAGCAUCCCCUCUGUCUCCCUGCUUGAAGCCCCGGCCGGGGGGGGUCUCAGUCUGCUGUGUGUGUCGGAGGGCUGGUACCCCCCUCCAGAGCUGCUGUGGACUGAUGAGAUGGGCGCAGACUGGAGAGCACACUUCACUACCAACGAGGAGCAGGACAGCACAGGAUUGGUCACUGUGCGCAGCCAGAUACACCUCCCCCGGCAACAGGGACACGCCCCCUGGCAACAGAACACCAUGAUCUGUGUGGUGAGAUCCAGGGAUGGGGCCACAGAGUUGAAGACCAUGAUGAACAUCACUGACGGCAGCACCCCCUCUGUCUCCCUGCUUGAAGACCCGGCCAGGGGGGGUCUCAGUCUGCUGUGUGUGUCGGAGGGCUGGUACCCCCCUCCAGAGCUGCUGUGGACUGAUGAGACGGGCGCAGACUGGAGAGCACACUUCACUACCAAUGAGGAGCAGGACAGCACAGGAUUGGUCACUGUGCGCAGCCAGAUACACCUCCCCCGGCAACAGGGACACGCCCCCCGGCAACAGAACACCGUGAUCUGUGUGGUGAGAUCCAGGGAUGGGGCCACAGAGUUGAAGACCGUGAUGAACAUCGCUGACGGCAGCACCCCCUCUGUCUCCCUGCUUGAAGCCCCAUCCGGGGGGGGUCUCAUUCUGCAGUGUGUGUCGGAGGGCUGGUACCCCCCUCCAGAGCUGCUGUGGACUGAUGAGACGGGUACAGACUGGAGAGCAUACUUCACUACCAAUGAGGAGCAGGACAGCACAGGAUUGGUCACUGUGCGCAGCCAGAUACACCUCCCCCGGCAACAGGGACACGCCCCCCGGCAACAGAACACCGUGAUCUGUGUGGUGAGAUCCAGGGAUGGGGCCACAGAGUUGAAGACCGUGAUGAACAUCGCUGACGGCAGCACCCCCUCUGUCUCCCUGCUUGAAGACCCGGCCAGGGGGGGUCUCAGUCUGCUGUGUGUGUCGGAGGGCUGGUACCCCCCUCCAGAGCUGCUGUGGACUGAUGAGACGGGCGCAGACUGGAGAGCACACUUCACUACCAAUGAGGAGCAGGACAGCACAGGAUUGGUCACUGUGCGCAGCCAGAUACACCUCCCCCGGCAACAGGGACACGCCCCCUGGCAACAGAACACCAUGAUCUGUGUGGUGAGAUCCAGGGAUGGGGCCACAGAGUUGAAGACCGUGAUGAACAUCGCUGACGGCAGCACCCCCUCUGUCUCCCUGCUUGAAGCCCCGGCCGGGGGGGUUCUCAUUCUGCUGUGUGUGUCGGAGGGCUGGUACCCCCCUCCAGAGCUGCUGUGGACUGAUGAGACGGGCGCAGACUGGAGAGCACACUUCACUACCAAUGAGGAGCAGGACAGCACAGGAUUGGUCACUGUGCGCAGCCAGAUACACCUCCCCCGGCAACAGGGACACGCCCCCCGGCAACAGAACACCGUGAUCUGUGUGGUGAGAUCCAGGGAUGGGGCCACAGAGUUGAAGACCGUGAUGAACAUCGCUGACGGCAGCACCCCCUCUGUCUCCCUGCUUGAAGCCCCAUCCGGGGGGGGUCUCAUUCUGCUGUGUGUGUCGGAGGGCUGGUACCCCCCUCCAGAGCUGCUGUGGACUGAUGAGACGGGUGCAGACUGGAGAGCACACUUCACUACCAAUGAGGAGCAGGACAGCACAGGAUUGGUCACUGUGCGCAGCCAGAUACACCUCCCCCGGCAACAGGGACACGCCCCCCAGCAACAGAACACCGUGAUCUGUGUGGUGAGAUCCAGGGAUGGGGCCACAGAGUUGAAGACCGUGAUGAACAUCGCUGACGGCAGCACCCCCUCUGUCUCCCUGCUUGAAGACCCGGCCAGGGGGGGUCUCAGUCUGCUGUGUGUGUCGGAGGGCUGGUACCCCCCUCCAGAGCUGCUGUGGACUGAUGAGACGGGCGCAGACUGGAGAGCACACUUCACUACCAACGAGGAGCAGGACAGCACAGGAUUGGUCACUGUGCGCAGCCAGAUACACCUCCCCCGGCAACAGGGACACGCCCCCUGGCAACAGAACACCAUGAUCUGUGUGGUGAGAUCCAGGGAUGGGGCCACAGAGUUGAAGACCGUGAUGAACAUCGCUGACGGCAGCACCCCCUCUGUCUCCCUGCUUGAAGCCCCGGCCGGGGGGGUUCUCAUUCUGCUGUGUGUGUCGGAGGGCUGGUACCCCCCUCCAGAGCUGCUGUGGACUGAUGAGACGGGCGCAGACUGGAGAGCACACUUCACUACCAAUGAGCAGCAGGACAGCACAGGAUUGGUCACUGUGCGCAGCCAGAUACACCUCCCCUGGCAACAGGGACACGCCCUCCAGCAACAGAACACCAUGAUCUGUGUGGUGAGAUCCAGGGAUGGGGCCACAGAGUUGAAGACCGUGAUGAACAUCGCUGAAGACUGUGACAUCUCUAUGCAAUGGCCUGUCAUUGCAAGCUCCAUACUGGCUGCUGUAAUCUGCAUUCCUGUUCUGUUGUACUUUACAAGGAAGCCAACAAAAGAUCGUUUAAAAAGAGACAAAGAGACACUGGUAAAAGAAAAGGAGGAUCUUCAGAAGCAAAAUGAGACUUUAAAAAAAGAGAAACGGACAGCUCAAGAAGCGCCUUUCACAGUGGACCAUCAUCACAAAGCGCUUAACAGAGAUGAUGAAGAACUUCAACAGGACCGGAAAAAGGAGGGUCUUCUGGAGCAAAAUGAAUCUUUGAAAAAGGAGAAAAAGAACAUUGAAGAUGAAAAGGAGGAUCUUCAGAAGCAAAAUGAUCAUUUAAAAAGAGAGAAAGAUGCACUGGGAAAAGAAAAGGAGGAUCUUCAGAAGCAAAAUGACGAUUUACAAGGCGAGAAUAAGAGACUGGGAAAAGGAAAGGAGGAUCUUCAGAAGGAUUAUGAUCGUUUAAAAAGAGACAAAGAGACACUGGUAAAAGAUUACAAAGGUCUUCAGAAGCAAAAUGAUCAUUUAAAAAGAGAGAAAGAUGCACUGGGAAAAGAAAAGGAGGGUCUUCAGAAGGAUUAUGAGUCUUUGAAAAAGGAGAAAAAGAACAUUGAAGAUGAAAAGGAGGGUCUUCAGAAGGAUUAUGAUCAUUUAAAAAGAGAGAAAGAUGCACUGGGAAAAGAAAAGGAGGAUCUUCAGAAGCAAAAUGGCAUUUUAAAAAAGGAGAAAGAGGGACUGGUAAAAGAAACUUUUAAAAAGAAGAAUGAGAUAAAAACACCAACAGACAAUUCAAAAGAGGGACUGGAAAAUUAUAUAAAAAUGUUGCAGGAAGAUUUUGAAGAACUUCGAAGGAAAACCAACGCAUGUGGCUAUGUCCUUGACAGAGAAUGGAAAAAAAUGACUGAAGCUCGUGUCAAUGUGACUCUAGACCCCGACACAGCCAGCCUCAGCCUCAAAGUCUCUGAAGACGGCUCACAAGUGAGAUUCACAGGGGAGAGAUCAGCAGAGUGGCCCAGUGUGCUGGGCAGGGAGGGGUUCACCUCAGGGAAGCACUACUGGGAGGUGGAGGUGGGGGAGAAGGGCUUCUGGGUCCUGGGAGUCUCCACACACCCUCAUGAGAAGAGCAUACCUGAGAAACCAGGGGAGGGCUACUGGCUUGUGAGGCUGGUUAAAGGGAAGACCUAUACAGCUGUGAGCCAGUCAGGGGAUCAGAUCUUAAAUCUGGAGAAGAUCUGCAAGGUGUGGGGGGUGUAUCUGGAUCACGAGGGAGGGAGGCUGUCGUUUUGCAAUGCAUUGACCAGAUUUCACAUCCAUACUUUAGAAGGCUCAUUCCCUGGGCCGGUCUACCCCAUUUUCAGCCCAGGGUCACACGAUAAAGGACCCUUGAUAAUCCAGCGAGUCCAGCACACAGCAGCCAACAUUAACUAGACAACACAAUGUUGGGUAGCUGCUGUAGGUUCUCUCCAGGGUUUUAUAUUAAUGUUACACAGUGUGGUCCCGACAGCAUUGCCCUCUGUACGAAUGUGUGAGUCUGUGUAAAGUUCAAAUAACUCUGUAUCAGUGUGAGACCCUGUUAAGCUUCAGCAACUAUAUUAUGAUAAUGAAUGUGAGUGAUAAGCGUAUUUCUUUCAUUGUCAGCAUUUAAGGAAUGUGCUCAUGUAGUUUGAAAUAUAAUAAAGAAACGCUGAAUGGCC